AGUCUGGCUGACACCAUGUGGUUGCGUUUCCGUUUUCUCAGUGGGCAUGACGUUCCCACUUUCUCCAGGGGACCUGGCAGCCGCGGCAUCUCAUAUGAGCCCCCGGAGAGCUGCCCUGAGGCUCGGAUCUUGCACUCCAGCCAGAGUGCCCUGGCUGGGCCCUUUGUCCCCAUGACCGGUCUCAGUGACUCAGUGUCACCUGGGGAGGGGGAGGGCCUGGGGACACCGAGUCCCAGUGGCCUGACGUGGGGCCCCUCUCUCCCAGGUGGCAGCAACGGCCCCUUUCUGUGUGGGAAGCAGACCACGUUUGAAGGAGGGAUGAGGGAGCCUGCCCUCGCGUGGUGGCCGGGGCACAUCGCCGCAGGCCAGGUGAGCCACCAGCUGGGCAGCAUCAUGGACCUCUUCACCACCAGCCUGGCGCUUGCGGGCCUGACACCACCCAGAGACAGGGCCGUUGAUGGCCUCAAUCUCCUCCCCGCCCUCCUGCAGCGCCGGCUGAUGGACAGGCCCGUCUUCUAUUACCGCGGGGACACGCUGAUGGCGACCACCCUCGGGCAGCACAAGGCUCACUUCUGGACCUGGACCAACUCCUGGGAGAACUUCAGACAGGGCAUUGAUUUCUGCCCUGGGCAGAACGUUUCAGGGGUCACGACUCACAACCUGGAAGACCACACGAAGCUGCCCCUGAUCUUCCACCUGGGACGGGACCCGGGGGAGAGGUUCCCCCUGAGCUUUGCCAGCGCUGAGUACCAGGAGGCCCUCAGCAGGAUUACCUCGGUCGUCCAGCAGCACCAGGAGGCCUUGGUCCCCGGGCAGCCCCAGCUCAACGUGUGCAACUGGGCAGUCAUGAACUGGGCACCCCCGGGCUGUGAAAAGUUACGGAAGUGUCUGACACCUCCAGAAUCCAUUCCCGAGAAGUGCCUCUGGUCCCACUAGCACCUGCGUGGACCCAGGUCAGGCCUGGAAUCUCCAGUUGGCUCUGGCCUCGGUGCUCCCCCCACCCUGCCCAGGCCAGACAGACGGCACCUGCAGACACAGGGGGACUGCACGACUCCACCUGCCCAGGACCUGACCCUGGAGUGUGCUCGGCCCUCCUCCUCGCCCACGGCGCCUCAGAUCUCAGGACCCUCCUCCUCGCCCACGGCACCUCAGACCUCAGGACACUGCUGUCUCACGCCUUUGUGAACCCCAAAUAUCUGAGACAGGUCUCGGUCAAUUUGGAAAGUUUCUUAAGUUUAUUAAGGAUGCGCCCGUGACAGCCUCAGGAGGUCCUGAAAACACAUGCCGGAGUUGGUGGGGGUACAGUUUGCCUUUGCGUCUUAGGGAGACGUAAGAUCCGUAUGUGUAAGAUGCACGUUGGUUCGGCCAGCCUUCCACUGAAUACACGAUCGAGUCUGGCCCCGUGAAUCCGCAUUUUUAUGUUAAUAAGGGAGGGGAGCGAUCAGAUAAGCGUUUGUCUCAGGGGAGCCCCAGGGGGUGACCUCCAGUUCCGUCUGUCCUUUGUCCACAAGGAAUUUCCUCGGGCGCUAAUUAUGAGGGAGGCAUGUAGUCUUUAUCAUUGCAGCUAUGUUAUUUAGAAAUAAAACGGGGCAGGUUUGCCUAAUUCCCAGCUUGA